CGAUUUCGCCAUCUUUUCAGGCAGUCGGUGGUCAAGAGGCUGGGUCAGAGGCAAGGCAGGAGACAGCAGCUUUGUCCAACUGGAAAACUCGGCUUCCUCAAAUAGUGAUAUCAUAUCAUGGAGGACAUAUAUGCGAACGUUGUAAACGAACCGUCUGUUAAGACAAGACCUUUAGGAAUGGAACCAGGGCCCAGGAGCUCAGAGAGAUCACGUCAUGGAGCCGUGGUCCUGGGUCUGGUUCUGCUGAGUGUUCUGCUGCUCGCUGGGCUCAUCUGCCUCGGUGUCCACUACCACGUUGCUGCUGCACAACUCUCCACCAUCAAAGCCAACGUCACUGAUUUAAUGGAGGAAAGAAACCAGCUGAAGACCAACAUCACUGAAAUGCAGAUGCUGCUCAAGCAGAGUAAAACAUGUCCUGCUGGAUGGAAGAUGUUCGGCUGUUCCUGUUACCUCCUCUCCAGUCAGUCUGGACCUUGGACAGACGGCAGAGACGACUGCAGAAGCAGAGACGCACAUCUGGUGGUGAUCGACUCCAGUAAAGAGCAGAUGUUCCUCUCUGGAUUCACCAACCAGGAUGCUUGGAUUGGUUUGAGUGACAGGGACCAGGAGGGGAACUGGACCUGGAUCGAUGGAACUCCACUGACCUCCACCUCAGCUCAGUUCUGGUGGACGAACCAGCCUGAUAAUACUGGGCCGACUGGUGAUGAGGACUGUGCAAAGAUCAUAGCUCACAUUACUCUGUGGAACGAUGUGCGCUGUGAUGUUAUUCAACAGUGGAUCUGUGAGAAAGAAGCAUGAAGCUGUGGAGUGGCUUUAACAGGAGUCAUUAUCGCGCUGGUCCUUCCAGUUCAUUCACAAACAGAUCAUUUCCUCUGUUAAUGAAUGUGAUCAAAUAAAAGCUGGAAAACCC